AACACACGUGUAAAUUUGUACCCAGCCCGCCUCCAUUUUCUUGGAAUUCCAUAAUGCGCAUGGAGAGUAGAUCCAUCCGCGUCUCCAGACGAUAUAGAUCUUUCCUUAUAACACGUUUUUAGGUGUGUGUUUUAUCCCCGUAUUUUCCGAGCAGAUGCAUACGGACUUAUACCCAAUAAACAUUAUAAUGGCAGUAGAAUAUUUUAAUUAUAAUGUCCCAUAUAGAUUUUUACAUUUUGGCGCGAUUGUGGGCUGUGGAAGGAUACUGCUGUGCGGUGGUCGUAUAUAUUGAAAUCGGUCUCGCCGCCACACCCACCCACGGAUCGAUCUGGUAUAGUGCGUGAGGUAUGGUAGCUAGAUUAAAACGCAGCGGACCUUCAGUACUUUUACAGACAGUAGAAUAAUUACAUUAGUUUAUCUCUGUUUAAUUUCGUUGGAAUUUAUCAAGUCACGAAAAGACGUGUUCUGUUUUUUUCUCACCCCCUGAAAGAGUAAAGAUUCUUCCAAAAUGCUGCAGAGUUUCUCUCAGUCGCAAGACUGGUUCUAUUCGGAGCCUCUCUUAUUUGAUGAUGAAUUCUGCCAGAGCUUGAUGAAGGACCUACAGUCACUCCCCACGCCACCCCAGUCCCCUCCGCUGAAGGCUGGACUCAAUGCCAAACCACUUUCCAAGGAGGACCAGUUAAGCUACGUCUCUGACAUACUCCUGGAGGAUCAAGACCCGCAACUAAAUUGGAAUUUUGACAUGUUGUAUGAUGGCAGUGCAUCCACGACAAAGGACCAACAGCCAGAGGAGUCCGACGACUGUUUGUGGCAUUGCCUCAGUGAUAAAUCUAUGGAGGAGAAGCUAUCAUCUGUGCUCUCCAGCAGCCCGCUGCUCUCGGACAUAGACACAAGAAUUUUUGAGGAAAUUGCCGGCUCCACACUGGACUGCCACACCGCGGCGCUCGCGUGCCAAGCUUUGGAGAAUGAGGAUUUACUAUUGGACAGCCAGGACCGUCAGGAGCAAGGCAGCGAGUCGACCUCCGACUACGGCUCAGCAGGAGGCGAAUUCUCAACGUAUGGGAGCAGUGCUAGCGAUACUGAGGAGGAGAUAGACGUAGUGACAGUGAAGAGGACCGCCAGUCCCUCCUCCCAGUCGGCAGAGGAGAGCCGGCGGCAACGGCGCGCCAUCAAGCGACAACACCUGGAGAUCCAGCUGCAGCACAACUACGCUGCCCCCUGCCCCGCAUCGCCCCUCCGCCCAGAGCUCUCGUCCGCCUCCUCGGGCUCCCACCACAAGCGGUCCCGGGCCUCCGACCGACACCACCACCACGGCUCGUCGGGCCGCUCGUCCCGCCACCACCCCAGCAGUCACCACCAGUCCAGCUCCUCUAGGCAGUCACCGGACGUGGAGGACGAAGAGGAGAGGAGGCACACCCACAACGUGAUGGAGAGGCAGCGGCGCAACGAGCUGAAGAACUGCUUUCUGCGGCUCAGGGACAACGUGCCCGAGCUGUCCAAUAACGACAAGGCCUCCAAGGUGGUCAUCCUGAAGAAGGCACGCGACAGCAUCCGCAGCCUGGAGCUGGAGGGCCAGAGACUGAACGCCAAGCGAGACAAGCUCCGAGACGGGCAGGAGCAGCUCAAAGCUAAACUGGAGCAGCUCAGGAGGUAAUGGUGGGACAGAGGAGACGAGGUGCAGCACAAAAACAUUUAGAGACAUUUCAAUAGACUGGUUUGAGAAGACCUUUCUGGACUUCAGACUUGAUGCUGCACACACUCAAUGCAUGGUGGCAUCCAUCCCCUGCAGUGACUGUUCAAGAAGAAGUGAAUGUUGUUGAGAGAGAGAGUAAAAUAUGGUUGAGUAAAAAAGUUUGGUUUGGCGCAAUAGGUCCACAUUCAGCCCAGUAAAAUGUUUGUCUUUUAUUGUCCUAGCGAUUUGCCAAAGUCAUUGUUCAUAAAGUAGACUACAUGUAACAGUCUAUUUUGUAGAGUAACCUAUAUCAAAUUGAGCAGCCAUUUGUUAGUGAAACAUGCAACUUGAAUACGGCCUCUUCCACAUUCCCCCAUAUGUUAUGAACUUGGUUGUUCUCUUGCGGGUUUAUUUUUAUUUUGGGCUGGAUCCAAAGUUUGAAUUCUAAUAAGGGGUUGAAUGUAAUGUAUGCCAAUUAUUGCCAUUAAUUGCAAAAAAUAUAAUUAAUGUCUUAACACAUUUAUCCAAUUAGACUUCUUCCAUUUACUCACAAACUUUAAAGCCCGACCUGUUGGUAGGAAUUUGCUGUGUUAUUGUUAAAUAAUGCCGUUCUCAUGCCUUGAAACUCAUUCUGUUGUCGACUCGUACAAUGUUUUAUACGUUUUGUUAAAAGCCUAUGAUUUACUGUACCUACCUCGACCAGGUCUCAAACCUGACAAUUUGUUUGGAUUCUCAGAAGCAACUAUAUAGAUUUCUUUGUAUAUAUUUUUGUUGAUGUAUCAUAAAUUAUUUUUCUUUUUUUUCUUUCUUGGUUCAUUUGCAAGUAAAUAGUUCUGUUCUUUAUCAGCAGCACUUUGUUUUUAUAAUGUAAUAAAGAAUGGACAAAUCAAAGUUUA